GUCUCCGUUUCGCUACGUACACCUCGCAGCUCUGAUGGACGUGGACUACGACGGGCAGACGGCGUUCGACGCGGCCGCCAAUGGGGAUUUCCCCCUUGUGGUGCUUCUCUGGGGUAUGGCAAUGGCUGUGCAACCCAAACCCGUAGAUCUAUUGGCAGCUAAAGACCAAAGUGGGAACAGUUUGGUGCACUACGCGGCUGCGAGUGGCGAAGACACGUGCGACACGAUGCACUUCCUGAUGCAGCAGAUGCACGCAUCCGGACGCGAACAAGAGCUCAUGGACGCCAAGAAUGACGCAGGAGAGACGCCGCUCAUGAGAGCAGCCCAUGCCGGCAAUAUGCGACUAGCAGACACGCUGUUGCGCUCUGGAUUCGUCGAUCUAUUGGCUCAGGACGCUCGAGGCAACACGGCGGCCCACCACGCCGCUGCUCAGGGUCAUCUCUGGAUGCUACACUUCUUACUGGAGGCCGAACAGAGACGCAAUGCUGCAAUGGCCAAGGAAGGAAAACGAGUGGAGUCUACGAUGCUCGGUGGCUACUCUUUACAGCACCGGAACGUCUUGCAUUACGCCUGUAUGAGCGAGUACAAACCCAUGGUGCAGUAUCUGCUGACCAGAGGCUUUGACGCAAAUGAAGCAGAUGUAGAGGGCAAUACUUGCAUGGAUUUGGCUAAGCGACGCAACUUGUUGUGGCUGGAAGAUCUACUAUCAGGCAAGGCAAAGGCGGCUGAUCCCCCCACGCACAUGCGCAAGACUCGAGGAAUUGUAGCAGUGCUGCAUGGUUCGCUGUUGCUCGCGAUCCUGGCCACCAGCUACUGGCUUGUAUGGUGGCUAGCUCUGCCGUUAAUUUUCAUUAUACUAGGCAAGUCACUAGCUGCAUUCCGCCAACCAGGUCACGGUCACGGUCAUUCCCACGGAGCACCGAAGAAUCUGGCCAAUUUGCAUCCAUCCAAACGGAACGUGAAGAUAGCUAUGAAUGUUUCGCUUGAGCGGAUUGAAGAGGGUCCGACGAAAGAAAUGUCUGCGAAGAGCAAGAAGGUGAAGGACGAGACGAGCGUGGGUCUCCACACGUUAAUACGACCACAACCGGAGUCCGCUAUGGGCAUCUGGAUGGCAUGGGUGGGUCUAUUCACCUUGUUGUACAUCGUGCUGUGGGUCGAUGAUAACUACAAGGACUUUAGAGACAGCCACACGGUGUUUCUGGGUAUCACCGGUGGAGCUGAAGUAUUUUUUCUGGCGGUGUGGGCACGAUUAUCAUUCUUCUGCCCGACAGAUCCAGGAACGAUCCAAACGUACGAACAAGACGUCAAGACAAUGCUGGACAAGGCGUCACGAUGCGAGACCCCGGACAUGACCAAGUUCUGCCGCACGUGUCUUGUUAUGAAGCCUAUACGCUCCAAGCACUGCGCUCAGUGUGGCAUCUGUAUCGCUCGACAUGACCACCACUGCGCGUGGAUCAACCGAUGCGUCGGGUAUGGCAAUCAUCGGUCAUUCUUUGUCUUCUUGCUGCUGCACUGUAUUGUGCUGGGAAUCUACGCAGCUCUCGCCAUUCUCGUGCUUUCCGAUGCUACGCAUGAUCUUCAUGCUGAACGAGUGAAGUCGGACGGUAGCGGCAGUACCGACAGUUUGUCGGCUAUGGACGUCUGGAUAGAGAUCCCGUCUCUGAUUAAGAAGCACUUGCUAGUGAUAAUGGUGGUGGUGUGGGACCUCAUGGCCUUCGUGGCACUUGCUAUGAUGGUGAACCAGCACGUGAACAACAUCGAGCAGAACCUCACUAUUAACGAGCAGAUGAACUGGCGACGAUACGCUUAUAUGACCCAGAAACCAGCGUCUGGAUCGAAGGACGGCAAGAGUGGCAAGAAGACAGACUCUGUGGGGAUGUCCAAUCCAUUCGAUCGCGGCUUCAAGAAGAAUGUGGUGGAGUUUUUCGUCCACUCGGGUAGUUCAGCAGUUGACUAUCGCAAGGUGUUCACUGUGCCGUCUUCAGAUGUUACUGGCGACAGCUCCGCAACCGACACGAUGGUGGAGAUGUCGUCAUCGGAAGGCAUCGAAGAGAAGAACAACGCGGGUGAUGUCGUGUAAAGACAUGGGGGUGCUCUAGUAAAAAAUAUAAGUACGCCAGAUUUACAGCGAUGACAACUGGACUGAUAGAACGACGAAUGUACGAGAUGAUGAAUCACCUGUUAAUUAAAUUCGAUGAUACGGUUCAUCAUCCGUGAUGACGAAGUAACCGAGUCAACAGUGUUGACUCACAACCUCUUGCAACCUUUACAUGUUGGUCCUGCGUAGCCAGGGUUGGCAUAAUUUUAAAUACCAAGAGUGCACAAGAAACAAACCGAACGUUGAAGUCACGAGCAAUGACAUCUCGUCAACCAUAAUAACGGCGUAAACGCCAAGUAUAGGCUUGAGUAAUAUUGCGCUUUGCACACAUUCUGUCUAAACGAUGCCCUGACUCGUUGUUUUAGCGAACCUUGAAAAAUAAUCCAACAUUGAUUUACCUACCGUAAUC